AUGAAGAGGUGUGUAGGGAGAAGUGCACACCCUAAAGACAACGAAAAGCAACCAAACAAUAGAAGCAGCACAUUCAAAACAGAGCGGAAAACGAUAAGCGGACUUGCUCUAGAAGGCAAGCAAGACAGAUAUGGAGAGUGCUGA